GGGAAUACCACCAUCAUCGAUAUCAACCAGGCAAGAAAGAAAGAAAACAAGAAUUGACGAAGAAGGAUAUCUGGAGGAACGAUACAUCCAUACACACAUACAUACAUCAGUUCCAAAUCAUGCCAUCGACAUUAAUCCUCGGCGGAUCAGGCAAAGUCGCCCGGCACAUCACGCGCAUCCUCUCCACCGAAGAAAACCACACCGUCCACUCCCUCAUCCGCUCCGAAUCCCAAAUCCCCUCCAUCCGCUCCCUCGGCGGCCACCCCAUCGUCCAAUCCCUCGAAACCGCCAGCGUCCCCGACCUCAUCCAAACCAUCCACAACACCCAACCCUCCACCAUAAUUUUCGCCGCAGGCGCCGGAGCCGGAAGUCCCGCCUCACGCACUUCAGCCGUAGAUUUCGGCAGCGCAGUCAAAGCCGCCGAAGCAACCGCGCAAUCGGGCGUGACGAAACGAUAUAUAAUAAUUUCGGCCUUGGAUGUGCGGGAUAGAGAAAAUUGUCGCGUACCGGAUUGGUAUGAUGAGAAGGAUCGAGUCAUGUCGGAGAGGGUGUGGGGGGCGAUUGGACAUUAUAUGCAAGCGAAAUUUGAGGCGGAUAGGGAUUUGGUGAGGGAGAAUGGGAGGAGGGGGUUGGAGUAUACGAUUGUGAGACCGGGUGGGUUGAGGGAUGAGGAGGGGACGGGGAGGAUUGAGGCGGGGAAAGUACAUUUUGGGGAGAGGAUGAUUGCGAGGGAGGACGUCGCAAGAGCUGUAGUAGAAAUUAUGAAAAAUGACGGUACGAAGGGUUUGGCGAUUGAUAUGGUCGGAGGAGAUACAUUGACUGUCAAGGAGGCUAUUGCCAAAGUAGCGGAUGAGAGAAUCAAUACUUUUGAGGGAAUGUAUUGAGUACCUUAGGUACCUACCGUUGUUGACGACGAGGAGG